AUGACUUGCUUUGGCUUCAUCUUUGGCUAUGGCGUAGCGAUAUGCCGAGACAAGGAGCUCACACUUGACAACACGGGCCACACUGUUGAGACAACCUGCUCUGCUUACAUCUGUGGCGCAUGCUUUGGCUUUUGGAGCGAGAGACGUCCCACUCUCAGCAAGCGCAACAAUGGUGAUGGUGAUGCCUUGUCAUGUCGCAGGGACAACAUUUUCCAUAUCAGCCCCAUGAGACAAGAUGUGUUUGUUCGAGGUCAAGACAACGUGACUGAGCACGAUAUCGAGAAGAUGUUGAUCUCGAAAUUUGGAAGCAAGCAAAACAAGCACAACAUGACAAUCGUCAUCUUUGACGAUAUCGAUGCAUCUUCCCGAAACGUGUGCAAGUAG